GUUGCCGAGACAACCGAUUUCAGUCUUCGUCCGGAUCUGCUGCGGUAUGCAUAUAUAUUAUGCUGCAAACGCCGCGGCCACCAGUUAGACAAUUACACACGCGGGAGACAUUUCAGUGAUCGAUAUUUUUGUAAUAAUUUAAUUUUACAAUAAUGGCGCAACAUAACGGUCAUGUUAUCCCCGCGGUUUGUCCCUUCAGUGGUGAAAGUGUUCAAAUGAAUGGAGAUGCGGACUGUCAGAAGUCAGUGAAGCCGGGACUGCGGAUAAAAGUUGCUCAGCCUAUUCAACUGGAAAAUCAUGUCAUUGAAGGAUAUGAAAACUUCGACACUCUACAUUCGGAGAUCGGCGAGGUGUCCAGUAGCUUUAACACAAAAUGUACAGAAAAAGUAUGUCAGUCCAGUAUAAUGAACAUCCCUGGGCGGGGUGACACGCCGCGGACUCCUGAAGAGGUUUAUCAAGAGGCACAAGUUUUCAUCCGACAGUACUAUGCGUCUAUACGCAGAGAAAAUUCAGAAGCACACAGAGCAAGACUGGAAGAAGUGAAAAAAGAACUGAAAGAGACUGGAACUUACCAGUUGAAAUCUUCGGAACUAGUGUUUGGUGCUAAAUUAGCUUGGCGUAAUGCUACCAGAUGCAUUGGCAGAAUACAAUGGAAGAAGCUACAGAUAUUCGACUGCAGAGAAGUGACUACUGCGAGUGGAAUGUUUGAAGCGCUCUGCACUCACAUCAAAUUCGGAACCAAUAAAGGAAAUAUCAGAUCAGCAAUAACAAUAUUCCGUCAGCGUUCAGACGGUAAGCAUGACUACAGGAUUUGGAAUCCGCAGCUUAUCAGCUACGCCGGGUACCGUAUGCCCGAUGGCUCUAUACUCGGUGAUCCUGGAAGGCUCGAGUUUACUGAGGUAUGCUUGAAGUUAGGUUGGAAGCCGAAAGAGAAAACUGCAUGGGACAUACUGCCCCUGGUCUUGUCAGCCGGAGGCAAGGAUCCGGAGUACUUCGAGAUACCAAGGGAAAUUGUUAUGGAAGUCCGUAUGGAUCACCCCAAUUACGACUGGUUCCAAGACUUGGGUCUUCGUUGGUACGCCCUACCAGCCGUCAGUGGUAUGAGAAUGGACUGUGGAGGUCUGGAGUUCACGGCGACGGCCUUCAACGGCUGGUACAUGGGCACUGAGAUCGGCUGCAGGAACUUCUGUGAUAGCAAUCGAUUAAAUAUCCUUGAGAGCGUGGCCAUAAGAAUGGGCUUAGACACGAACAUGGCGGUUUCUCUAUGGAAGGACAAGGCGCUGGUAGAAAUAAACAUAGCAGUUCUGUACAGCUACCAUAGAGACAACGUGUCUAUUGUCGACCAUCAUUCAGCGUCCGAACAGUUCAUGAAACAUAUGGAGAAUGAGAGCAAAAUAAGGAAGGGCUGUCCAUCAGAUUGGAUCUGGAUUGUACCACCGAUGUCAUCGUCUCUAACACCAGUAUUCCAUCAAGAAAUGGCCCUGUACUAUCUUAGACCUUCCUAUGAUUAUCAGGAACCAGCAUGGAAGACCCACCAGUGGAGUAAGUCCGAAGGCGUGAAGACCGGCCAUAGGAAGUUCCACUUCAAGCAGAUUGCACGAGCCGUCAAGUUCACUUCCAAACUGUUCGGCAGAGCUCUCUCUAAACGCAUCAAGGCAACAAUUCUGUACGCCACUGAAACAGGCAAAUCUGAACAGUAUGCCAAGGAGUUAGGGACUCUUUUCGGACACGCUUUCAAUGCCCAGGUCCAAUGCAUGUCGGAUUACGACAUGUUCUCAAUAGAACACGAAACCCUACUGCUUAUUGUUACUUCAACUUUCGGAAAUGGCGAACCUCCGGCUAAUGGAGUGGACCUAGCUGAACAUCUACUACAAAUGCUGAACAUUGAAAAAGAAAGCCAAGAUGAUUUGCAAGACUUCAAUGGUUCUGCAGGUUUCAAGACUCCGAAAUCUCCAAGGGCUCUGUUGAGAACUAACAGUGUUCUGGCAUCAAAUAUGGAUUACAACCGACAGUUAACGCGACUGGAGUCUACCAAAAGUGCAAUGACAGCAGCAUCAUCAGUGGAACACAUAGCUCCGCUCAGCAACGUACGGUUCGCAGUAUUCGCUCUGGGAUCUAGUGCUUAUCCAAAGUUCUGUAAUUUUGGCAAACUUAUGGACAGCGUCCUCGGCGGUUUGGGAGGUGAAAGAAUUAUGGACUUGUGCUGUGGUGAUGAAAUGUAUGGGUUAGAGCAGAGGUUCCGUGCUUGGUCAGCGGAAAUUUUUGAAGAAUCAUGCAAAACCUUCUGCCUAGAUGAAAGCGAUAUGGUAAAGGAUGCACAAAACGCUGUAGGAGUUAUUCCAGUUACGGAAGAAACGGUGCGUUUUGGCAAACCGUCGUCAGAUAUGCCCUUAAUUAACGCACUUGCAUCAGGAUUCAGAAAACAACUGGUCACCUACAAAGUCAAAGAAAACAAAACUUUAGCAGAACAUGCAGAAACAGACGCAGAAACUAUAUUUAUUGACAUGGAACCAGACUGUGAAAUCAAAUACGUUCCUGGUGACCAUAUUGGCGUGAUGUCUGUAAACAGAAAAGAAAUUGUUGACGCAGUAUUGGAAAGACUGAAAGGCAUUGAAGAGCUCGACAAGAUUGUACAACUACAAGUUAUGAAGGAAACAUUAACACCAACAGGUACCGUAAGAGCUUGGGAGAGAUACGAACGCUUACCACCGGCUACCAUCCGAGACAUCUACUCAAGAUUCUUGGACAUAACUACACCACCGACUACUAAAGUAUUAGAGUACCUCGCUAAAUCAUGUACUGAUGAAUCUGAAGCUGAACAAAUAAGGGAAUUAGUUACGGAUUCAAAUAAAUACCACGACUGGGUCAGUUUCCACUAUCCACAUCUGGCAGAAGUUUUCGCUCAAUUCCCAUCGUGCAGACCUCAAGCGUCGCUGCUUGCUACACUACUGAGUCCUCUGCAGCCAAGAUUUUAUUCCAUUUCUUCGUCACUUCUGGCUCAUCCACAAAGGGUCCAUAUCACAGUUGCUGUUGUUAUUUAUAGAACUCAAGAUGGCAAAGGACCUCAACAUUACGGCGUUUGUUCAACGUACCUCAAAAAUCUGAAACCCGGAGACGAACUCAUAGCAUUUAUUAGACAUAAACCAAGCUUCCACAUGCCUAAAGAUAUAUCAGCACCGCUUAUCCUCGUCGGUCCUGGAUCUGGUAUAGCCCCCUUCCGAGGAUUCUGGCACCACAGAAGACACCUGAUCAAGCACCUGGUGUCUCAUAACCCGGGACCUGUGUGGCUGUUCUUCGGAUGUAGAUACCAGGGCAUGGAGUUGUAUAAGGAAGAGAAGGAAAAGGCGUUGAAGGAUGGAGUGUUACAUCAGACACGGUUGGCCCUGUCGAGGGAGGAGGGUUCACAUAAAAAAUACGUCCAAGCGUUACUAGAAGACGAAGGAGCAGAGAUGACGCGCCUACUGAUGGAGGAAAAUGCACACUUCUACGUUUGUGGUGACUGUAAGAUGGCGGACGAUGUUGAAAUGAAAUUACAAGACAUUGUCGAAAAGCAUGGAUGCAUGUCUGAUGCUGAUGCUAAGGAAUUCAUCGCUGCUUUGCGGAACGAAAACCGCUACCAUGAAGACAUCUUCGGGAUCACGCUCCGCACCGCCGAGGUGCACUCCGCCUCCCGAGAGACCGCCAAGAAGACCCGCCUCGCCUCCUUCAAGUCACAGGCUUCCACUAAUUCUAUUAACUACUAGUUUAUCAGUUCCAAUAAAGUCUUUAAAAUCCUAACUAGUGUUAUUUGUGCGUAUGUCUGUUUGUUUGUUUGUAUCGUCUUCAUGGUCAAUGUCUUAUGGAUCUUUAUAUGGACAUCUUGGAAAAAAUUUUGGUCCAAGUGAUUCCGUCAAAAGGGUGAAAUCGUGGGAAGCGGCUAGUUUAAUAUUAAUUAUUGUCUAGUUCUAGUUAAUGUGUUAAUCGACUUGGUUGUAUAGUAAAUAUUUAAUAAUUAAAAUGUAGUUAAGCUAGAUAUUUGUAAGUUGUUAAAGUUAAGUUGGAAUAAGUGUUUACUUUAAUCGAUAAAUGACUAUUGUUUCAAAAUGCCUGAAGUAGGAAAUUAGAAUUACGUCGAGAUUAGAUAUAAAAAAGAAGGGACAGUAAAAAAUGCAAUAACAGAAAACAAAAAAUAAAAGACAAAAAAUUGAAUAAUUGUUUUAAUAUAUAAUUCUUCUUAAAAAAUAAACGAUUAUAAAUAUUUAGUUAUGUAAAACAGGCAUCUAACAGACUUGUUGGUUUAAUAUUUAUAGUUGUUAGCUAUCGAUUGUUAAAAUUGUUAGUUUGAGUCCAAAACUUAGGUUAAAUAUUAUUUUUAAGUUUAUAUUUAAACGCUUAACUUUGAAUGUGACAAUCACGAACGUCGAACUAUGUUCAACUAUGAUUAAUUUUGAUCAAUCAUUUAAAAACACUUUAGAAUAUAAAGGACGAUUAAAGUUUAUUUAAUUUCAAA